AUGGAUUCCAUGUCGCUUGAAGAAUUCAAAAGCACCAUCGAAGCGGCCGCUAGAACCCGAAGCACCAGCUACUCCCAAACCUUCUGCGCCACCAUCCGCUGGCAGGCCGACGAUACCAACGCUGAAAGAGACGCGAGCAUUUUCAAGGACAUGGUCAAAGAGGCCCUACACCUACCUGACGCCAUAGAGUUCAUAAUUCCACCAAACCACCCUGCACCGCAUAUCUGGCUGCAAAGAAGAUCCCUGGAAAUUCAAGAACUCGCCUACACGGCAGCUGGGCGCUCCUUGGUGAUUUAUCACUAUGCCGGACAUGGACAGCAAGACAGUGAGGGGAGUCUCUAUUUCGUGGAAAAUGGGCGCCGUGGCGCUGCGUGUAUUAAUGCCUCGCGCCGCCUGUUUCAGGAUCCAUGCGAAUUCGAAAUGAGCGACAACAUGGACUGUUUGUUCAUCCUCGAUUGUUGCUACUCGCGCAUUCCGAGCCGGGCGAUGGAGACUACCCCCCGGACCGUGGAGUUGAUUGCCAAUGCCGCCACAGACGAAGCAACUUCACACUCUAACACAAUAACCAACAAGCUGUACCGCGCCAUCAUGUACCGCAAGUCUCAGGGCCAACAGUACAUCGAAUUCGCCGAGCUAAUGGAGUCCCUGCGCGGAGAAGCGAUUGCCGAGAACCAAGAGGUGCCCACCCACUUCCUCAAAAUGGGCGCGGCCUCAAUCUGCAUACCAUUCCAGGGCCCGCGCCCUUCAUUCACAGUCGACCAUGGCCAGCUUCGCCCAGUCCACUACGCCAAGUUCCGCGCCAAGGUAGACAGUGAGUUUACGAAGGAGGAACAAGAGGAGUUUGUACAAUGGCUUCAUAACCGCCCUCCUAGCGUACCUCUUGAGCUUCUGGAGUCCUACCCGUCCGGGGUUCAGAGCACGAGCCUUGUGUUCAAGGGCGCCUGGCGGACAUGGUCCAGGCUGGCCGGUGUGAAAGGGUACCGUCUGUUCGACGAUCUCCCGGUGCUGGGCCAUAAGGACAUCCAACCAUUUACUCCUAGGUAG